CAUGCUUGAAACCUAAAAGCUCUUUUUUAGAGACCAUUCAAAGGUCGAAGUCUAUAUGGGUCAAAGGCAUUAAAUCUGCCCAAAGAGACUGGAUGAUCUAUCUCUAGCUAUAUGAUAGAUCUAUAUGGAAAGAUUAGUUGUGUUGAGUUUCAAAUCCAAGAGAAAACAGCUGUUGAUGUUAGCAGCUUCGAUUUGCUGCCUAUUACCAAUACUUUGGUUUAUCAGAAAUGUAUUUCUACCACCCAAUGCAGUGAAACUCCCUGUGAACAUAGAUAUGGAUCCGCCAGCUCGCCAUAAAGAUAAUACUCGACGACCCAUCAACAUUCCCAACCGUAUCUCAUAUACGGAUCACCCCUACCAAUUAGCGCACCAAGCUGACACUGACAACGAGGGGUCAAGCAACCAGACUACACUGAGUACAGUGCUGAUACCGAUUAUUAACUUUGUUGUUUGCUCUGCGUUUAUUGACUUGCGGCCAAGAGAUGGAUAUAGUAACUCCACAGUGAUUCUUGCUGAGGCUUCAAAGGAAAUACUAAAGUUUGGUUUAAUUGUAAGCUGUGGUGUUGAUGAGAUUGGUGCUAAAAUACACAAAACUAAAACUCUAUACUUUGGUUGGAUUGAAAGCCACUUUCCGAAUCUUACUCAUGAGGAAAUAAUGAUUACAUGCUAUGAUCUUGAAGCCCAUGACAAUAGUACAGCUUUUGUCACGUAUCGUCCAGCACCAAACUCAAAUAAAGUAAUAACAAGCACUGUUCGAGUUUCAUACUUAUUAACAGGUGAACGAAAACAAAGCAAAAAGAAAGUUGUAGUUUGUACAAUGUGUUUCGGAUCUACUCCACAUUGGUUCAACGAGUGGUUGAGAUAUCAGAAGACUCUAGGAGUUGAUCUGGUUCAAAUAAAUGUUGACGACCAGUGUAUGAAUGAAAUCAGGAACUUGAGAACAUUUCAGCAAUAUAGUGAGAAUGGUUUCUUGAAAAUACAGUACUACAAAACUAUUUUCUCUUCUACGCAAGUCUUUUACCACUCUCAGGUUCUUAAAUAUCACGACUGCUUGUACCGACAUCAAAAUUCAUAUGAGUACGCACUAUUUUUGGAUAUGGAUGAUUUCUUCAUUCCACGAAUAUCGAACGAAAGUACAAUGAAGUACUAUUUGAAUACAUAUUUACCAGAAGACAAUCAAGCAGCUGUUAAAUUCCACUGGCAUAAUUUUUUCCCAGAUUGCGGCUUGACACAACCACCAGAAAACGUUAAAGAUGGUAACGUUACCAGAAUCCUUCGAAUAAAAGAAUAUUCGGAUUCUGGCAACUGGAAGUUUGGGGGUAGAUUAUCACUGAUGACAUCGGUUCGUGUUCACACACCAAUUGAAUUCAUCAAAGGUUCGAAACAAGUAUAUGAGUUUGACAGCAGUAUUGCUUACGUAGCACAUAUUAAACACAAUCGAUUAAAAAAAAGAUUAAAAAAAUUGCCUAGUAGUUUUGACUGUUUACAAAAGAGUUUAGAUAUCUUAUAGUUUGCUAUUCAUAAUUAUUAUACCACCAUGGCAAUUAUUUAUACCUGAUAUGUUCACAAA